CUUCUGCAGAGGACGAGCCCGACCGCCAGCUGGGGCUGCCGAGGCCGACUCCGUUUCCCACUGCCCCUUGGGCGCUACCGAUGACCACACCGAGUGGGAACACAACUAACACGCUGGCAGAACCAACCGGUGGCGUGCCUUCCACUUCCACGCCUGCGGUAACGACGCCUGCGGUAACGACGCCUGCGGUAACGACGCCUACAACAACAACGAUACAGCAAUGAAACGGUAUCACAACAGUAGCUCACCGAUCUUCACGCCCUCCAUUGACCACCUUUGGAACGACGGAGUGUCUCACUUCGGCGUUUUGCGGGUGUACGAAGACGAUGAAGAGAGCGACCCCGAGGACACCAUUAUCGAAUGGCUGCAAUUGCUGCAGUCUAUCCAAAAGCACCUGGCGAACCCAAGGCAGGAUGCCUGCCGUCAUUCUCACACAGUCAUUGGCGUGAGGCCUCCCCGAGACGACUUUUACGAAAAGGUCGCGUCGUUUUUGAGGGACACGUUCAAGCCGUCUCUUCUCAUUGUCAAUGUCCACGUGCCUUACGAAGACAAGAACCUCUCCAACUGCAUCAUUCUGCCACCCAGCAUUAUAGCUAAACCGGACGGAGGCUUCGUGGCUUAUGAAACGUCCAUGGUUUGCACGCUAAAGAAUGCGCAACAAAAGACAAACUUUGGCAUCGCCGCCUUCGACAUCGACUACGACGUUGCGACCAUGCCGUGUGCCGAGUUGUACCUCAAGGAUGGGGCUUUUACCCGCCUCAAGACUUUAGGGGGACUGCGCAACUACAUAAGCAAGGGUUUCUUAAACAAGCAUGAAUGUCUUGCUGCUUCGGUAUAACAUGAUAUAGAUUUUUCACGGAUCAUCCCGCGAUAUAUAAAAAGAAAUGUUCGUGUAAAAGUGCGAACGCCAAGCACUUCGUGCCUAAUUUAUUGCAACAAACAUAAUACGGGGUGGAGAAGAGAACAUUGAGACUGAUGAA